ACAUUUUGAAUAUUUUUCGCUGUAAAAAUGGAAAUUGCCCAAUGAUACCAUGAAAAACUUUCAACAUUUUAGAUAAAUUCGCAAUGUAUUUUUUAAGACGCAAGCUUGAUUUUAAUUCAUUAAACACCAUUAUACGAUUUUACAGUUUAGCUAGAAAAACUCACUACGAUGUCCUAAAGUUGCGCAAAAACUGCACGGAUAAAGAAAUCAAAGAAGCGUUUAUUCAAAUGAGUAAAGAGUAUCAUCCAGACAAGAACAAAGAUUCAGCCGCUCAAGAGAAGUUUGUCCGGAUCGUGGAGGCCUACAAUGUGCUCAGCAAGCCCGGGAGCCGUGCCCGCUACGACAGCAUAAACGAAACCUCAGGCUCUACUUAUGUGUAUAAAACACAUGUGCCAUACAAUAUACGAAGAAGUCAACAGAGCUACUACUACGAGCAUCCCACCCAAAAGACACAAAGCACCACCGAUCAGAAAGCAUACUAUGGCAUGACUGGAGUGAAGAAGGUGCCGAACUAUGUGAUCAUUUUGAUGUGCUGUGGACUGGCAUUGGUUGGUGUUUUUGUGCAGGUGUUUGUUAUAAGUGAGUUAUACGUAGUACAACGCCGUCAGGCUCAUGAAAAGUCCAAGUUUCUCGCUGAAGAACUAGAAAGGGUGCGCAGCGCGGCACAAGGCAAUGGGAACGAUGUGCAGUCGCGACUCUUGCUGGAGAAGAUAGUGACGGCUGCCAACCCCACGGUCGCCACCGCCUCACUGGGCCAGGCGCUGGCCAGCGAGAAAAAGUGAUCUUUUGAUUAUUUUAGUUCAAUUAGCUACCCAGUCUCAAAUGCAAAUAAAAAAAAUUCAGACAUAAAUCGAGAGCAAAAAAAUAUCUUAAACCGCAAUUAAGGCAGCAUACUGUUAAGAGAUGAUUAUAUUUUUUGACGAUUAAUUCCUUUUGGAGCAGAUAAAAUUGUGCCAAAACUAAGCGUUUGAGAUUAGGUGUCGAAUGAGCAAUGUAGAUGCUGUACGUGAACGAAUUGAAUCGUUAGGCUCGAUGUUUAUCUCUGCGGCUUACAUCAGACAAAAACCUUUUUUGAACCGAAAACAAAACCAAAUACCAAAACAGUGAAGGCCAAGUUCUAGAGAAAAGUUGCGAAAAAAAUUGCUUUAAAAUUUUUAAAACUCAUGUACUGUCUGUUAUCCAACUCGGUGAUAAAGCGAUAAUAAUGUUGCUUAAUGUACUAAAAAAGUACCAAUUCAUGCGCGUACAGUAUGUAGUAAUUAGUGGAUUAUUAGUUCAAUUUACUAAAAUUGACCAGAAUUUUGUUAUUUAUUUAGUUUGUUGUCCAUUUUAUGGUUUUGUAGGUAGACUGUGAAGUGUGUUCAUUAGUUUUUGAAUUCUUUUUGGUUCAUAUUCUGUAAUCAAUAGUAAAACAAAAUUUUUCUCCCUGUAUUUAUUAAAAUGAUAAAAGUAGAUAUUUGAGUUCAAAAUAUAAUAAGAAGUUAUUUAAUGAGGGUUUUCGCGUAUGAAAGAUCCGCUAGAUGGCGGGACGUGGAUGUGGGGUCUGACUGCUGCGUGAUUGGUGGAUUUUGAAAUAUGUGUCAAUGUCAUGUCAAAAAUUCAUGCAGCAUUUGGACCUCGCGUCUACGUAUUGCCAUCUGGCGGAUUUUUCAUACGCGAAAACACUCAUUUAGUAGAUCUGGUCAAUAAAUACCUACAGUGAUAUUUUGUAAAUAUAGAGUAAAAGUUGUUACAUAUUAAUCAUAAGUAAAUCUUUUGACUCGAACAAUUGAUUCUGUAGAGUAUAUUUAUUUUUAUAGCUACCUCACAGUUGUAAAUA